UGACCACUAGCGGCCAUUGACAAAAUCAUGAGACCCAUCAUGGGACCGUGUCGGCCCACUUUCUAGCAGCGGUGUUUUGGUUCACCUGUGCGGGCAGUAUGGCGGUAGAAACCCUCGCUCAUGACUGGGAGUUUGACCGUUUUGACGACGGUUCACAAAAAAUACACACAGAGGUUCAACUGAAGAACUACAGCAAGUUUCUGGAGGAGUACACCUCCCAGCUGAGGGGUAUCGAGGAGGCUCUGGAUGACUCAAUCGGAGAUGUGUGGGACUUCACUCUGGACCCCAUCGCCCUGAAGCUUCUCCCAUAUGAGCAGUCCUCCUUAUUGGAGUUGAUUAAAACAGACAACAAGGUUUUGAACAAAGUCGUCACAGUUUAUGCUGCUCUGUGCAGUGAAGUGAAGAAGCUGAAGUAUGAGGCCGAAACCAAAUUCUACAAUGGCUUAUUGUACUACGGAGAAGGAGUGUCUGACACCAGUGUUGUUGAAGGAGAGUCCCAGAUUCAGAUGGGCAGAUUUAUCUCAUUCCUUCAGGAACUGUCCUGUUUUGUGUCAAGAUGUUAUGAAGUGGUGGUCAACAUUGUCCAUCAGCUGGCUGCUCUCUACAACAGCAACAAGGGUGCGACGAAAAUCAUUGAGUCGUCAGGUGUCCAUUUCCAGAUAGUGUAUGAACACCUCGGGGAGUUGUUAGUGGUUCUGCUCACGCUCGAUGAGAUAAUGGAGAAUCACGGAACAUUAAAAGAUCACUGGAAGAUGUAUAAAAGGUUGUUGAAAUCGGUGCACCAUAACCCAGGAAAGUUUUCCAUCCCUGAAGAGAAGCUGAAACCUUUCGAGAAGCUGCUGCUCAAGCUUGAGGGACAGCUGUUGGAUGGCAUGAUACUGCAGGCCUGUGUGGAGCAGAGAUUCGAUGAGCCUGGGGAAGGAGUAGCUGUCGCCAAAAACAGUGCCUUUGCCGAAGAGUUUGCCUUCAACAUUCGCACCAUCUUCACCAAUAUUGAGUCCAAAAUAGGUGAACCUUCAGAGAUUGACCAGAGAGAUAAAUAUGCUGGCGUAUGCGGUCUCUUUGUGCUUCACUUUCACAUCUUUAGGAGCGUCGACAAAAAGUUCUACAAAUCCCUGCUCGACAUCUGUAAAAAGGUUCCAGCUGUCACUCUGACAUCAAACAUCAUCUGGUUUCCCGACACUUUCCUCAUCACGAAGGUCCCAGCUGCAGCUAAACUGAUGGAUAAGAAGAGCGUUCAGGGCAUCCGGGCGCAGAGAGACACCUUCCUGCAGCAAAGAGCUCAGAUGCUAACAAAGGAUGUUCAGUCCUACUACGUGUUUGUAACUUCCUGGAUGAUGAAGAUGGAGUCCAUCUUGUCCAAGGAGCAAAAAAGUGACAAGCUGGCUGAAGACCUGAACAGCAGGUGUAAUGUGUUUGUGCAGGGCAUCCUGUAUGCAUACAGCAUCAGCACCAUCAUCAAAACCACCAUGAACAUGUACAUGUCGAUGCAGCGGCCCAUGACCAAGACCUCUGUCAAAGCUCUGUGUCGACUGGUUGAGUUGCUCAAGGCUGUGGAACACACGUUUCACAGGCGGUCCAUGGUCGUAGCAGACUCUGUUUCUCACAUCACUCAGCAGCUGCAGUCACAGGCCCUCAACAGCAUCGGCAUGGCCAAGAAAAGAGUGAUCUCUGACAAGAAAUACAGCGAGCAGCGGCUGGAUGUGCUGUCGUCUUUGGUGCUGGCAGAAAACGCUCUGAGUGGACCGAGCACCAAGGAGAGACGCCUGGUGGUGUCUCUGGCUCUGUGUGUCGGCACUCAGCUGAAAACUUUCAAAGAUGAGGAGCUGCUUCCACUGCAGCUUGUGCUGAAGAAGUUGGAUCUGAUUAGCGAGCUGAGUGAGAGGGUGAAGCUGCAGUGUGACUGUAGUUUUCUUUACUGGCACCGAGCUGUGUUUCCCAUCUACCUAGAUGACGUAUACGACAAUGCAGUGGACGCAGCACGAAUACACUACAUGUUCAGUGCACUUCGGGACAGCGUGCCCUCCAUGUUGCACGCCAAACACAUGGAGUCAUGUGACCAGCUACUGGAGAGCUACGACAAGGAGAUCAUGGACGUGUUCAACGAGCACCUGCUGGACAAGCUGUGUAAGGAAAUCGAGAAGGACCUGCGUCUCUCUGUUCACACCCACCUGAAGCUGGACGACAGGAACCCUUUCAAAGUCGGCAUGAAGGACCUGGCCCACUUCUUCUCCCUCAAACCCAUCCGAUUCUUCAACCGCUUCAUUCAUAUCAAAGCCUAUGUGACUCACUACCUGGACAAAACUUUCUACAACCUGACCACGGUCGCUCUGCACGACUGGGCCACCUACAGCGAGAUGAGAAACCUCGCCACGCAGCGCUACGGACUCACGAUGACGGAGGCGUACCUGCCCAGCCAGACCCUGGAGCAGGGUUUGGACGUUCUGGAGAUCAUGAGGAACAUUCACGUGUUUGUCUCACGCUACCUUUAUAACCUCAACAACCAGAUCUUCAUAGAGAAGGCCAGUAACAACAAGCACUUGAACACUAUCAACAUCCGUCACAUCGCCAACUCCAUCCGCACCCACGGCACAGGCAUCAUGAACACCACGGUGAAUUUCACCUACCAGUUCCUGCGGAAGAAGUUUUACAUCUUCAGCCAGUUUAUGUACGACGAACACAUCAAGUCGAGACUCAUCAAAGACAUCCGCUUCUUCAGAGAGACAAAGGACCAGUCUGAUCAGAAGUAUCCAUUUGAGCGAGCAGAGAAGUUUAACCGCGGCAUCAGGAAGCUGGGCAUCACUCCCGAUGGACAGAGCUACCUGGACCAGUUCAGACAGCUCAUCAGCCAGAUCGGUAACGCAAUGGGGUAUGUGCGCAUGAUCCGUUCUGGAGGCCUCCACUGUUGCAGCAGUGCCAUCAGGUUCGUCCCCGACCUGGAGGACAUAGUGAACUUUGAGGAGCUGGUGAAGGAGGAGGGACUGUCAGAGGAGACCCAGAGAGCUGCCAGCAUCCUUGAUUCGGUGUUGGGGGAUCUGACCAGCAACUCGGCCGAAGGGACUGAGUAUUUCAAGAUGCUGGUGGCCGUGUUCGCACCUGAGUUUCGCAGUGCAAAGAAUAUGCACCUGAGGAACUUCUACAUGAUCGUACCCCCGCUGACGGUGAAUUUUGUGGAGCACUCCAUCAGCUGCAAAGAGAAACUCAACAAGAAGAACAAAACUGGAGCUGCUUUCACAGACGAUGGCUUCGCGAUGGGCGUGGCAUAUAUCCUGAAGCUGCUGGACCAGUAUCUGGAGUUCGACUCUCUGCACUGGUUCCAGGCCGUCAGAGAUAAGUACAAGAAAGAGAUGAGCGCUGUGGUGAAGGAGCAGAACGUCCAGUCUGCCAGCCAGGACGAGAAGCUGCUGCAGACGAUGAACCUCACUCAGAAGAGGCUGGACAUCUACCUACAGGAGUUUGAGCUGCUCCACUUCUCAUUAAGCAGCGCCCGGAUCUUCUUCAGAGCAGACAAGACUGCAGCCGAGGAGAUUCAGGAGAAGAAAGAUAAAGAUCAAGCUGCUAAAGCCGGAGGUCCUUCAGAUGGCUCAGCUCCGACUGACGCUGCCUCAAAGUGACCGUCACUGUGAGAUCACAGCCCGAAGAGAAGACUACCUGCAGCUGACGGCACUGAAACAUGUAGUUCUGGGAUAAGAGACUGGAAACUGGAUCAGAACAACUAACAAUUGAAGGAAACUGUUUUUUUUUUAAUGUCCUGUGACGAAGUGAUUGUCUUCACUCGAGAACAUGCUCCUGCAGGAAGUGUCUUUUUCUGUUUCCUUUCUACAGAAACAUCGAUGUAACUUCCCACAGCUUUAAAAAUGUUUGCCACAUCUGAUAGAUUCAGCUUGAAUUUGUAGCAUUUAUACAACUGCAGUUUUGAAAAAAAGAAAGGUUUCAGGUGGUGCGAGGUGAAAGUGUGUCCUUUUCCUUUGCCACGCUUCCUUUUGAUACUUGUACAUUUGGUAUGGAUGGACUGGAUUAUUUUUCUACAGUCGGAGCCUCUGCUGAUCAGAGACCUGCUCAUAUCUCUGUUUUGAUUUGCUGCACCUUUUGUUGGUGUCCGAUGUACUAAUUGAUCGUUGCCUGUAACGGCUGUUCUUAAUUGCCUCUGUAGAUUAUAGCACAGUAAUGAGGACUUCUGAGAAUGUUUUCAGUGUAUAAUCUUAUGUUCCUGUGCCAUAUUUGUCCACUGCUAAUUUCUGUUUUGUCCAUUUUAUAUAUUGUGUGAAUUAAGGUGUGUAUGUGCCUUUCAAAACUGUGCAUACAUGUUUUGACAGAAUGGUUAAUUAAGAAAUAACUCAUCGAAACACACACAUUUCUUCCGGGUGUUGCACAGGACAGACUCGCGUUAUUUCUCCGCAGCACCGGAGAUUCAUCAUUACGUUUUUAUUUCCCCAGUUUUCUAUCUAUUAACAUGUGUUACAUGUGACAAUGAGGCCGUAAUUUGGUCAGAAAUUACAUUCCAUGAAUUAACGUGCUUGAAGAGAAAAGUUCUGUGAAGUCUCAUAAGACUAAUAAAACUUGCACUUUCAACAGAA